CGUUCUCUCUUAGGCCCCCCCUUUGGAGCCGUCGACAAGGAAGACAGCAGGGCGAUUUGUGUUUUCGACCGUUCUCACUCAAAACACAUUUAGCUAGCAAUGGAUGAUUUUGAUAUGCUCAGCGCCCCUCAGGGAAGCGCAGGGAACGGCGUGGGGGCAGACGAGGACCCGGCGGCGGCUUUCCUGGCCCAGCAGGAGAGUGAGAUCGCGGGCAUCGAGAAUGACGAGGGCUUCAGCAUCCUGGACAGCGGAGAGGUUCCUUCAUCCUUCAGCCAAGAGGACGGUGGAGCACUGAAUGGAGAUCUACAUGGGGAAAGCAAUGGUCCUUCAGAUGUGUAUGCAGCCAUCUCCAGCGUAGACCGUUUGCAGGCCGAGCCGGAGAGCUUGCGGAAGUGGAGAGAGGAGCAGCGUGAGAGGUUGGAGCAGCUCGAUGCUAACUCACGUAAGCAGGAGGCAGAAUGGAAGGAGAAGGCAAAGUUGGAGCUGGAGGAGUGGCACACCAGGCAGAACGAGCAACUGGAGAAGACCAAAGUAAACAACAGGGUGCUGGAUGAGGAUUUCUACAAACAACCCGUCGCUGAUCUGAUUGGUUAUGUCACUCACAUUAACCAUCCUUGCUACCGCCUAGACCAUGGAGAGGCUAUUGCAACUCUACUGGACAGAGACCACGGCAGCGGAAAAGGGUUUGUAAAGGGACUGGUGGAAAUGGGAAUAGUUUACUAUGUCAAAUGGUUCAAAUGUAGUCCUAUCUUUGUGACUGUGACAUAACACUAGGGCUGGGCGAUAUUGCUGAAAAAAAUUAUAUCUUGAUGUUUUGCGGCAUUUGAAAAAGUAAUUGGAAAUAAAUCUCAUUUGACAUGGUUUAGCAAUGCAGGAAACAUUGACAGAAUAGUACUAUUUCAUUACAUUGUUCUGUCCACAUAAUGAUCAUUUGAGAACUGUUAACAGAAAAUCAUUCAGGUAAAAAAAAAAAAAAAAAAAAGGAAGAUCGAUUACCAACCCUAUUGCCAAGUGGAUUCAAAAAUGUUUAAUUUACGUAUCACCUAAGACCCCAAAACACAUUUUUUACUAAAUGAACAAAGAAUGAUAUUUAAUAAUCAUUCAUAUGCACCAAUAAAACAACUAAAUAAACAGCAAUAUUAUCUGCAUUUUACCACAUUUUACCAUAGGCCUAUAUGAAAAAUGCCAUGCAGUGGCUUCCAUAAACAUUUAAGAGUGACGACCCAAUCGAAAUCUGUUUUAAAACAGUUCAUUGGAACUUUCUUACCAACAUUUUUACUACUAAAGUUUAAAUCAUUGAUGUUAUUAAAGACAUCAUUAUUAACACUCAUACUUGUCGCAAGUGGUGUGAUUGUAAAUCUAUUCUAAUGACAUGGUCUUUAGGAUACUUAAUGCUAAAUAAAUAGUGCAUUAAAACCAUUGCGAUACUUGCAAGGUUUUUUAUCUUUUUUAUUUAUAUCACUAUUAAAAUCAUCGCAAAUAUACAGUGGAAAUUGUAUAUAUCGCCCAGUCCUAUAUGGCAAUGUCUAUUUAACCACUGAACAGUUCUAAAAAGAUAAAUGAACACUCCUAACCUUGUAUUAUAUGUUAUGUAUUAGCUGAACCGCUUUCUUUGGAAAAUGAUUUGUUUAUUCCAAAAACUCUUUAGCGUUUGUCGGGCCAGAAACCUGGUUUAGCGCCCCCAUGCUCAGCAGAAGGCCCCGCUUUUGGUCACUGCCAGCGCAUGGCAAAUUCAGCCUUUGCACAAAGAUUUAUUGGUUAAAAUAAGCUAAAUUGCCUGUCAAUUCACUAUAUUGAAGGCUCAUUAGCGUACAAGAUUCCUUGACAUUCCUUUGACCAUCAAGAGAUAAGGAAUGUCCUACGUAAAAGGAUUUUCAAGUACAAUAAAUUGUUUUAACCAACUGAAUCACUGCAAAUGUUUUAAUUGUGGCUGUUUUGGAACCUUUUCCUGCCUUCAAGAUCAACAACUAAUUCUGGUAAUGGUGGGUUGGGGGCAUGAUGCUCAAACUACCAUCUAUUUUGUAUGUUUUCACCUGAAGAAUGUCUAUGGAUGUACUAUUGUUGGAUGGAAAUAACCAUUGUUUUUUCACCCAGACACAAUGCUGCUUUGGUACUCUUGCCUCUUGACAAAGCCAUCAGGAAACUAUUCGGCCAGUCAUUUGAAGCUUUUUUUGAGCUUUGCUGAGAAAUUAUCUGUUGUAAUUGGUCAUCAAGAUGUUCAUGUCUAGAAGUGAUUCUACCAAUACACUUUCCAGAAUGCAGUUUUUCCUAGAUUAAGCAUCAGCCAAUAGGAAGAGGUGUAAAGGAGGUCAGCGGUUGUGUACUGCAGCAGGAUGUGUCUGAGUUGGUCUGUUGCAUCUGUCCAAGGCUGAUUGUGCUCUAUUGU